CCAACGAUUGCGGCGUGACCCGUGCCUGCGACGACUGCUCCUCCUCCUCCUCGCCACUCCUAGCCGCACCAUAUGGAUCAGUCCUUCACCAGUGGCCGCUCCGUGGACCGCAUCGGCUCCCCUCCUGAGCAUCCUGGGGAGCGCGGCAUCUUCAGCUGGGUCAAGAAUGCCCUCUCCGCACCCCUCAAUGCCAGCAGAUCCAACUCGCCCUUCCAGGGAGAUGGAGCACGACACCCACAAAGACAUACAGACAGAGCCUCGCCUGCUCCGCCUGCUUCACCCCGGGAGAUGUCGGCUGCCACUGCACCUCCACCGCCGAGACCAGUGCAGCGCAUGAGCUCCACAAUGUCCUUUGGCUCCUCCUCCGUUGGUCAGGUCUCCGUCACAGACGAUGGCGAAGACGAUGAAGGCGACUCCGACGACGAGGUAUACGUGCCCUACAAGCCUUCCUCGCCUCCUUCGCCCGAACCCGCAAAUGUCAAUAUCCGGGAGCAAAGCCCCGCGCCUGCCCUGGUACAUUUGACUGGCACCUCCGUGCCCGGAUUGGUCAAGCCGACGGCCAGGCGCAGCGUGAGCAUACGCUAUGGCAAAGCCGGCAGCUUGGUUGGAGAAUUGGGAGCGCUGGAGAUCCUUGCUGCUCAAGAGGAAGCGGCGAAAAGAGGGCAACGGCGCAAGGAGGGCGACAUGUCACGUUCCUCGAGUAUACUGACCGGCGAUAGUUCUCCAGCCUCUUCGAUCCUGUCCCGGCCCAGCCUCAUGCUGACACCCCCCGACAGCAACGAGGCACAGGAGCUCCAGUCGCCACAAACAGCUGGGUCCCCCUCUCAAGCACCAGAAACUCAGACCUUCAGCCAUACAGGACCUGAUCCCCCCAAUUUCGGCGCGAUACUCAGUCGUAGCUACAGUCUGGAGAGCAACCUCAACGGCCAGGGCGAGGUUGCGGACGACGACGACGCUGAAGAAAGGCCACAAGAGACAGAAGGAGCGAUACUAGUGGGAAGUGAACCUCCCCGCCUGAGAGGAAGGGAGCCGUCUCAAGAGUCAAGCUCCAGCUCCUUGGUCGAGAACCGUCGAAAGGAAGACUGGGACGACAGCAGGGCCAAGACGCCCAAGGCUCUUGCCGACUUGCAUGGUGUCACUUCGCGAGACACAGACGCUACCAUCGGAGAAGAGUCUCUCCCGUCGCCUCGUGAGGCGGCAGAGGAGAUUGCAACAAUCGGCGGACCGACUCCAAAGCCUUUCUGGGCCCAGUCUUCGCCCAAGAUGACCCCGCAUCAGGUCCGGCCAACGGCCAUCAAGCCUAGCCCACCUGCAGGCGGGGGCAACCCUCCGCUACGAAGGCUAUUCGGGCGUCGUAGGGUAGAAAGCCUUUCGGGAAGUAAAUUGAGUGGAGAUGACUCGGCCAGCACUCACGACGGGCAGUCGGGAGUCACUAGGUCCAGGGAGUCGAGCAAAAAUUCCGUCCCUACGGUCACUCCCUCUUUCUGGAGGCUGGGUCGCAAAGUUUCUGCGUCCGAGAAUGGUCCCACCCCCGUUGCCACUACUAGAACAACACGUGGACAUUCGGCAACCCCGUCUGUCUCCUCGGCCUCGGGCUUCAGCAUCGAUGUGCCUCAAAGUACAGCAGCAUCCAGCGUUGCGGGUGGGAGUAGGCCAUCCUCCAUGAUCCUACCCAGCGAUACUACACAUGGCUCGAGAGGCAAAUCUACAAGAGUGAAGAUCAGGGCUGGCGUUGGGUUGCAGGGCCAAGCUGGCCCAAGAAAGGCAAAGAGUCGAUCGAAGAACAAGACUGGAUACGAUCUCCAUUUCAACAAGCUCUAUCUUGCGCAAGAGCUUCACAUCGGUUGCGAAAUUCCACCCGAGACUCCUGCUUCUGUCAAUAUGCCCACUCAGUCGUCUGUCGAUCAAUUGGAGCCACGACCUUCCAUCUCACGAUCCGAGCUUUCCACCUUUGAGAGUCAGCAGAGUCUGGCAAGCUCAACGAUGUCCCACGGUACCGUUGGGUCUUUCGGGUCCUUUUGUGCAAACGAUCGUAAAGCCACCUGGGCUAUGAAGUUCAGCAUGGAUGGUCGCUACCUCGCUACCGCCGGUCAAGAUCGGAUCAUCCGCGUCUUUGAGGUGCUGGACACCGAGGAGAAGCGGCAUGCCGAAGUGGCUUUCCUCAAGGCGAUGCAAGAGGUCAGGAGAGCCUCGAAUGUGUCUAGCUCAUCUAGCUAUGACGACGGCACAUCUGCUUCCUCUCGCCGACCUCGGUCGGCAGACAGCACAACUGAACGAUCUUCCAUCUCACCCGUACCGAUCUUCUCCUCGCGGCCUAUAUGCGAAUUCAGAGGACAUACAUCCGAUGUCUUGAGUCUAGACUGGAGUAAAGGCAACUUCCUUCUGUCGUCCAGCAUGGAUAAGACGGUCAGGGUGUGGCACCUGAGUCGGCCUGCGAAUGCUCUGGUCUCCUUCGUUCAUGGGGACUUUGUGUGCUCUGCCGUCUUUCAUAAAGACGACCGAUUCUUCCUGAGCGGCAGCCUGGACGGCAAAUUGCGGCUCUGGAACAUCGCCGCCCGCAAGGUGCACGCCGUCGUCGACGUGCCCGGUCUGAUUACUGCCGUGGCCUUUUCCAGCUCGGGUGAAUGGGCCAUUGCAGGUACCUUUAGCGGCGCGCUCCUCUUCUACAAGACGGAUGACCUGAGCUACCAAAGCUCAAUUGCUGUGCGUCGCUCGGCGGGGAAGCAUUCACGUGGCACCAAGAUCACCGGCAUCGAGGCGAUCCCUCCUCAGGCAACGGCGCCAUUGUGCACCACAGACAAUGCGACUUCUGUUUCACCCCCACAGCCAGCCAAGGCGGAGGAGAAGAUCCUGAUCACCAGCAACGACUCGCGAAUCCGCGUCUACUCUCUUACCGCCCGUCGCCUCACAGCAAAGUACAAGGGAUCCACCUACCUCAAUCGCACAUCGCAGAUUCGCGCUCAUACCUUCGAUGACCGCUUCGUCGUUGCCGGAUCAGAGUCCGGCGAGGUGUAUGUGUGGGACUGGACGAGGAAGUCACGUGGGGAACCACCAGGAGAAGGACAAGAGGGUGCCCGCACGACAGGGACAGGAGGAGCAACCUACACAGACGGAGGUGCUGCCGCCUCUUCACAAACAUACGAGUGUUGGACCGCGGCGGAUGGAGCAAGGCCAGUGACCGUCUCUCUCCUCGCCCCACUUAAGACGCACACCCACCUCGCCGCCAGUGGCGACCCAAUCGAGCUGGCAGCCGCCUCGGCUGCAGCGGUAACGGCUGCCAAUAUCGGCUCGAGGGUCAAGCUCACGGCAAAUGGCGCGACAGUAGCUGCUGUUGCGCCUCCGCCUCCUGGAGGGCGCGGUAGCUCUAGCUCAGACACGUUGUACAGCUCUUCGGGAAGUGGGACUGGGGCUGCUGCUGCCACUAGCAAAGUGGCUGGUAGUGUAGCAGAGGCAAAUGCAGCGCACAAUCGCAUCGUACUCAGUGUCGAUGAGUCGCAGGUGGUGAGGGUAUGGAGGGGCGUGACUUCCUCUGUGGAGUACCAUCUUGCUCUAGCUAGGAGUCGGAGGUGAGGGAAGGUCCAGCGAUUUCGCUUCACUAGUCGAGAGGAGUUGUACUUUCCUGGUAGUCGGCGUCACGCUCUCCAAGCAUCGAGACAUGGCGGUUCUGUGUCUGUGUCACCCAUAAUGUAUCAUCACCUUUUUCACUCGAUUUCGACCAUGAUGCAUGUCA